GUUGCUCCGCUCGAAGUCAAGCUUCUGCGAUCACAGAGAGAGAGAGAGAGAGAGAGAGAGCGAGAUGUCGGCGUCCGGGGUGACCCAGCAACAGGAGGAAGACAAGAAGCCGAACGAUCAGUCCGCCCACAUCAACCUCAAGGUCAAGGGUCAGGAUGGGAAUGAAGUCUUUUUCAGGAUCAAAAGGAGCACUCAACUGAAGAAGCUCAUGAACGCCUAUUGUGACAGACAAUCUGUGGAGAUGAACUCCAUUGCUUUCUUGUUUGAUGGCCGCCGUCUGCGAGGCGACCAGACUCCUGAUGAGCUAGAGAUGGAGGAUGGAGAUGAGAUCGACGCUAUGUUGCACCAGACUGGCGGAGCUGGGACUUUGACUUAAGCUCCUCUUUCCGAAACUCUGCGGUCUGUAAAUAUGUUAUGCUAUGUUAAAAUACCUAUGGUUAACAUCGCUAGUGGUGGAAAAUACUAUGUUGGAGACUUUGCCUUAUGAGUCUUUUCUAGUAGGCAUCUUUACUGGGACUUGUCACCCUAACUGCAUAUUAACCUGGUUUGCUAUUCUGAAUCUCUGAUAUAAAUAGGAAGACUUCUAUGGCUGGUGCCUUUUUCA